GCCUGGGCCAAGGCGACCGGCCUUUCGUGCCGGCCCUAAGGGUCCAGCAGUUGGCUCACGAUACUCAGUGCUGAAGUGGCCCGUAAUGGAUCUGCAGCGAAUUGAGUCUGGGGCUUUACAAGUCAGACACACUCAGCAGGGGAUCAACGUGAGAGCAGCAAUUCCUUGUUGCCUCACUGCCGAGGGGGCCAGACGACGUACGUGACGAAGACGGAGGCCAGGCUCGACGACAACAACGAAAAACGAGGAGGCAUCUGGUCGAGAAGCCAUCGAACUAUUGACGACGAGAUCAAUUAUAAAAUAUCUCAUAUUCCGCCCCCUGAAUGGAAGUUUCUCUUGUCUCUUCAUCACAGCACGCCUUCACUACAGGAUAGUCAGCCGCUUCAACUCUCAAUUUUCUCAAGUCUUCGGAACCACUCACUACUAUUCUUUUUCCCAACUCUCCUCCUUUUCUUCGAAACCCAAUCAUCAAAAUGAAGGCCACUCUUGUUCUUACCACCCUCCUUGGUGCCGCCAUCGCCAAUCCAAUCGCCAUCGCCAACAUCGAGGGCACCAACAAGGAGAAGCGCGAUGCACAACUCGAGGCUCGCAUCCUGCCUGGUCUUACCACGAUCCCCCUCACCAGCCUCUCUGGUUUGGGCAGUCUGCAGGGCAUCAACCUUCCUGGCCUCCCCAUCGGCGCCGUCAACCCCCAGACCAUCAUCCCCGUCUUGACUUUGCUCCUCCAGGGAAUUCUCAGUGUCAUUCUCAACCUCCGCCAGGCUAUUCCCGCCGUCGGCAGCAGUCCCAGCCUGCCUGCGAUCCCUUCCUUCUCUAGCGUUCCCUCUCCCACCCUCGGCACCAACAUUAAUAUUAAUCAGCUCGAGGGCCUCGUCGGCGCCGUCAACAUUCAGGUUCGGAACGUCACCACCAUCGGCCAGAACCUUCCCCGUGGCCUCAGCCAGGCCCAGCUCCAGCAGAUCCAGGUCAUCGUCGCCGAGGUCAAGUCCCAGGUCACCCCUCUGAUCCCCGUGCUCCAGAGCCUCAACAGCCUUCCCAAUGGCACCCCUGUCCCUAGCACUGGUAUCCCCGGCCUUGGAAGUCUUUCUAGCGUCACUGUCCUUCUCGCCCCCGUCCUCGCCAUCGUCAGCUCUCUUCUCAGCGGUCUCCUGGGCGGUCUCCUGGGCGGUGGCAGUGGCGGCAGUGGCAACAUCCUCAGCAACCUCCUCGGUGGCGGUCGCUCUUAAGUCGAUAGUCGUCGCGGCUGCAACUCGUUGGGGCAGGCUACUCUGCAGCUACGGAACUGCAAACCCAUGACGAGUCACAGCACACUGACGAUGGCCCGGAUCGACUUUCGACCCCGGCUUCUCGCACUCACCUCCAACAUCCUACCACGUCCAGUAUGCGGCUGCAUAGUGAUCGAAUUUUCCGAAGACUUUUGAGAACAACUGGAAUCGUGGGUUUUAGCGGGGGGAUUCUCAAUACUAAUGGGGACUUUUGACUUUGUUGCGGGCAUUUGCGAGUCUUACUGGCUCCAUCUCGGCCUUGCUUAAACCUGAAAAUUUCUUUAAUCACCUUCUACCAGUCGAACUUCACUUCUACAUGUUCCCUAGAACGCUUAAUAAAAUUAUGUCAAUCCUUCACAACAAUAGCCUUCAAUGAUUUGAUUUUCUAUAGCCAGAGCUGCUACUAAUUGUGAAACUGGGUCGAAAAUCGGUCUAUCGAGUCGGAACGGUAUUGGAGUCGAGGUUUGUGGGCUGAAUCGUUCUCCAGAGAGGUAGUGUUUAAGGGACACGAGGUUCCAAAUGUUGCUCUCAUUAUGUUAAUGAUUCAUUUUGGCGACCAGCCUAGCUUUCACUUCGGAAGGAAAAUGUUGUGCAAUGAGAAGGAUAUUAUCGGCCAA